AUGGCGCCCCAGGCGCAAGAUCCCGAGAUACAGCGUGUCAUGGGCACGCUGCACUCCCUACUCAACGUUCAGCUGAAAAGUAUUCUCAGGAGUGAGAAUUUACCGAUAUCAGGAGUAAAACUUGCGCUCCAGUCGAGGCUCAUAGGGCGAUUGCACUACUAUGCAUAUGGUCAGUGGGCAAGUCAGAGCAGGCUAAAUCAUCUUAUCGCGCGCAUAUAUGCCGUUGCCCAGGGGCAGCCCACACCACCACCUCCUCCUCCUCCUCCUCCUCCUCCUCCGACCUUACCGCCUCACCCAAUUCCAACACCGGUAUCUCAGCAGCCCCUACCGCCUCGACCGCAAUCAUAUCAGGGAACCACGCCUCUACCUCCUCCCCCUUCGAACCAGAUGGGCCGUCUGACCUUCAAGAAAAGCCCGUUUUAUACAAUCCUAGAACCUCUAACCGCAGUCAUGGAAUGCAAAGUCCGUGAACAGUCCCGGGACACCAUCGAUCUCAAAGUGAUACUCGGCUCCAACACUGUGGCAAGGCUUAUAUCUGAGCCAAAUAUCCGAGUUAUGGUUUAUUGCGCAGCCGAUAAUGGCCUGACACAUUAUUCUCCCUGCGAAAUAGCUUUCCCUUAUCAGGUUGAACUAAAGGUUAACCUGGACGACGUGAAAGCGAAUCUCCGUGGGCUGAAGAACAAACCGGGCACUACUCGACCGGCGGACAUCACCCAAUUCAUCAGAAAGAAGGCUGGGUUUUCGAAUACUGUCAUGAUGACUUAUGCUCUAACUCAAAAGAAGUUUUUUGUCGUCGUUAACUUAGUGCAAAAACACCCUGUUGAGGAGUUGGUUACUCAGCUCCAGGUCAGAAAAACAAUUUCCUCGGAACAGGUGGUCAGGGAAAUGCGAGCGCGAGCACAGGAUGCAGAUAUAGAGGCCACGUCGGCUGUUAUGUCCUUGAAAUGCCCGCUCUCAACCCUUCGAAUAUCAGUACCUUGCCGUACCUCGCUCUGUACUCAUAACCAGUGCUUUGACGCUACAUCUUUUCUUCAACUCCAAGAACAAGCACCGACCUGGAGCUGUCCGCUCUGCUAUAAAGCUACCAGCUUCGAAGCUCUGCAAAUAGACCAAUACGUCGACAACAUACUUCGUGAAACACCUUCAUCGGUUGAACAGGUCACUAUCGAACCGAAUGGCGAUUGGGCAAAUCCAAACGAUGUUCCCGAAGCCGCUCCCGGGAGUAACGGUAUAGUUGCCAAUGGCGACGAUGACGACGAUGACGAUCUUGUAGAGGUGAGCGGUUCUAAUCUACCUGUCGUUAAACGGGAAGGGGAUUCUCAAGCGUCAAUACACCGUGCUACUCCGACCCCAUCCCGCGAGGCAUCUUCCGUCGCAUCAGCCCCGCGCCCUUCAACUGGUAAAAGGGCUAUCAGCCAAGUGAUAGACCUGACUGCCAGCGAUGAGGACGAGGAACCCCCUCGUCCCGCUAAACGGCUUGCGUUUUCUUUAUCGAAUGGAAAUCAUGCAACGACCUUUGACCCUUUGAGGCUUUCUGCAUCAACUGCAUCGAACUCGCCUGUCCCACCUAGGUCAUACCACUAUGACAGAUAA